UUGGUCGGUCUGGUGUGGGGAUUAACGCAAUGAUUCGGGCUGGUUUGCAAUUGAUACACAAUGGAGGUUUCGUGAAAGUGGCGUUUACUUGCUCACAACUUGAACGUAGAUGUAGUUAACUAGCAGUUAGUCGUUCUAAAUCUCGGCGUUGCGUUUUAAUGCUCAAACUGUAGCCGAGAAAAAGGCUCGAGGGCUCAUCCCAAAGUGUUUUUCGACCUGCGGUUUACGUGCGGAAAUAGUCUUUAGGCUAACGCUAUGUAGCAAGCUAAUAUUCAUCCAUUGACGCGUCAACUCUGGACCUGUGAACUUGCACGCUCUUAUAAAUCACAUUUGAAGUUUGCAGGCAUGACUGAAUACAAGCUGGUGGUGGUCGGUGCAGGAGGCGUGGGGAAGAGUGCGCUCACCAUCCAGCUCAUCCAGAAUCACUUUGUGGAUGAAUAUGAUCCAACCAUCGAGGACUCAUACAGGAAGCAGGUGGUGAUCGACGGAGAGACGUGUCUGUUGGACAUCCUGGACACUGCGGGUCAGGAGGAGUACAGCGCCAUGAGGGACCAGUACAUGAGGACCGGGGAGGGCUUCCUCUGUGUGUAUGCCAUCAACAACACCAAGUCCUUUGAGGAUGUUCACCUGUACAGAGAGCAGAUAAACCGGGUGAAGGACAGCGACAGCGUUCCCAUGGUGCUGGUGGGCAACAAGAGCGACUUGAGCUCCCGCUCGGUGGAGACGCGCCAGGCACAGGACCUGGCGCGAAGUUACGGCGUGCCCUUUGUCGAGACCUCGGCCAAAACCAGACAGGGCGUGGAGGAAGCGUUCUACUCGCUAGUGAGAGAGAUCAGAAGAUACAAGGAGACCAACCGCAGCAACAAGAAGAGCAAGAAGAACACUCAGAGACGUUGCAUCAUACUAUAGCGACACAUGAGACCCCCCCCACUCCCACCCUCCCACAGCACUUGUCUCUCACACACACACACACAAAAGCCCCUCCAACAUGUCAAGUAGACCACAACAUAUCCAACACAUUUGUCCAUUUAAUGCUGUGACUGUCCAGAUCAAACUAUGGUUAGUUGGGUUUUUAACAGCAGCAUUAAUUAAUAUAUAUAUAUUUUUUUUUUAGUAAAUAAAGUUUUCUCUUAGUGAUUUGUCGCUAAUACGUGCGCCGCAAACUGCCCUUUGCACUGACUCGUUUUCGGCCAAAUGGCAAUAGGGUGAAGCCUCGUGUCGGCUGCUGGCGUUUCAAUGACUUUUGACAUCAAUACAGUAAAAG